AUGUCGGGAAAUGUAGUUUAUUGAAUGCCCUGUAGCGCUCUCUGGUCUCACUGCAUUCUGGGUAAUGUAGUCCUGGACCGAUCUUCAGUUGGGCGUGGGUGAAGGAAUUCCGCUUCAAGGGCUGGCCAUCAGAUCCAUCAGAUUGGUUAGAUGGACUGUUUAUCAAAUUACAUCAGUACAAUCGUUCUAGUGAUUGGUGAGAGUGGAGGCGGGUUAAGCAGUAUCAGCAGCCCAUUCGGAGCUGGUGAUGUCCAUUUCGCGUCGUGCGGGGGAGUGGCGCGGAUUUUCGAGGAAACGAUCGCUGAUUGGCUGGGACGGCUUGACCUGCCAGAGGGUCGGCCCCCAUCGUGCGGCGAUUGGCUCACCCGUUGGCGGGUGGGUGCGUCAGAGGCGGUGUCUGGGGAGGUGGUGGCUCCAGAGAUGGCAGUGAGUGAGAGGAGGGGGCUCGCCCGUCGGAGCCCCGCGGAGUGGGGGCAGCGGCUACUGCUGCUCCUGCUCUUGGGCGGCUGCUCUGGGCGCAUCCACCGGCUGGCGCUGACGGGGGAGAAGCGAGCAGACAUCCCCCUGAACAGCUUCGGCUUCUACGCCAAUGGCUCCCUGGAGGUGGACCUGAGCCUCCUGCGACUGGGCCUCCGGGACACAGAAGAGAAGGCCCCGCUGGUGGGGUUCAGUCUGACUCGGGCUCGAUCUGGCAGCAUUCCAUCCUACUCAACCCAGGACCCCCACGACUGUCCUCUCUGGAAAAAUAGUAGCAAUCUCCUGGUUCUCUUCCUCAUCAACACCAAGGAUCUGCGGGUCCAGGUGCGGAAGUAUGGGGAACAGAAGAAGCUGUUCAUCUCUCCUGGGCUCCUCCCUGAAGUGCCCUCUGCACCAGGGCCCCCGAAGCCAGAGCUCACAGUCACCCCUAAAGUGAACAGUGGGACCACCACUGCGCUUGACAAGGCCAAGUCAAAACCCACAGUGUUUCAGGGGGAACAGCAGGGCCUCGGUGGGAAGGACAAGGAACUGGUCCUGGGUCUCGGGCAUCUCAACAAUUCCUACAACUUCAGUUUCCACGUGGUGAUCGGCUCUCGGGCCGAGGAAGGCCAAUACAGCCUCAACUUCCACAACUGCUACAACUCAAAGCCAGGCCAGGAGCAGCCGUUCGACAUCACGGUCAUGAUCCGGGAGAAGAACCCCGAGGGCUUCCUGUCAGCGGCGGAAAUCCCCCUCUUCAAGCUGUACAUGGUCAUGUCUGCCUGCUUCCUGGCUGCUGGCAUCUUCUGGGUGUCCGUCCUCUGCAAGAACAUGUACAACGUCUUCAAGAUCCACUGGCUCAUGGCAGUCCUGGCUUUCACCAAGAGCAUCUCCCUCCUUUUCCACAGUAUCAACUACUACUUCAUCAACAGCCAGGGCCACCCCAUCGAAGGCCUCGCUGUCAUGCACUACAUCACACACCUGCUGAAGGGCGCUCUCCUCUUCAUCACCAUCGCCUUGAUCGGCUCUGGCUGGGCCUUCAUCAAAUACAUCCUGUCAGACAAGGAGAAGAAGAUCUUCGGGAUCGUGAUUCCACUGCAGGUCCUGGCCAACGUGGCCUACAUCGUCCUCGAGUCCCGUGAGGAAGGUGCCAGUGACUACGUGUUCUGGAAAGAGAUCCUUUUCCUGGUGGAUCUCAUCUGCUGCGGCGCUAUUCUCUUCCCUGUGGUCUGGUCCAUCCGGCAUCUCCAGGACGCAUCUGGCACGGAUGGAAAGGUGGCAGUGAACCUGGCCAAGCUGAAGCUGUUUCAGCAUUACUACGUCAUGGUCAUCUGUUACGUCUACUUCACGCGCAUCAUCGCCAUCCUGCUGCGGGUGGCCAUGCCCUUCCAGUGGCAAUGGCUGUACCAGCUCUUGGUGGAGGGCUCCACCCUGGCCUUCUUUGUGCUCACUGGCUACAAGUUCCAGCCGGCAGGCAACAACCCUUACCUACAGCUGCCCCAGGAGGAUGAGGAGGACAUGCAGAUGGAGCAAAUAAUGACCGAUUCUGGGUUCCAGGAAGGCCUGUCCAAAGUCAACAAAACAGCCAGCGGGCGGGAGCUUUUGUGAUCAUCCCCAGUGUCUGGAACCUUCCUCCUUCCCCCACCCCCCGCCUCUGCCCUCCACACACAUUCCUCACUCUCCAGCUCCUCUCCCAAAGCACGUGUGGCGGGGGGAGGAGGGCGCCGGGCUGCAUGCAGCACCCAGCUCCCUGGGGCUUGAGGUCCAGGAGCCCAUUCAGAAGAGGGCCCCCUUCUUCCCCCCAAGCACUGGGCAGCCCUGUCCCUGCCCAGAGCCACCCACCUCUCGCAGCUGGGCAAUAUGAUCUAUUUUGCUACCCUGG